AUUCACGGCAUUUAUUUAAAAAUUACCACAAUUUAAUUAAUUACCAUUAAUUCAAUUAUUUAAUUAUUAUUUUGGGGUUAAUUUGGUAAUUGUUUGGUUUGGAAUCAUUUGGCAAUUUACGACAUUCCACCCCAUCUGUCCCACCAUCCCAUUUCAAUCUCAACCCCUUCCAUAAUUAUUUUUUAACAUUUUAAACCACAAAUUUUAUCGUAUCUCCAAAGUAAUUUUCUCUACAUAAUUUUAAUGGCGAAGGUAUCGAAGAGUGAGAAGAAGAAGUUGUAUUUUGAGCGUCUGACGAGUUUGAUGAGGACGUACUCGAAGAUUUUGAUUGUGAGUGUGGACCACGUGGGAUCGCGUCAGAUGGCUUCUGUGCGCCAUUCCCUGCGUGGCAUGGCGACGAUUCUCAUGGGUAAAAACACGGUCAUCAGGACGGCUUUGCAGAAGAACUUCCCGGACUCGCCUGACGUGGAAAAGGUGGCCCAGUGCGUUAAGCUAAACACUGGCUUUGUGUUCUGUGAAGCGGAUCCCAUGGAGGUCAGGGAAGUUAUUCUGAACAACAGAGUCCCGGCACCGGCCAAGCAGGGCGUAAUUGCGCCGUCGGAUGUUUUUAUCCCGGCCGGUUCCACAGGCCUGGACCCGUCCCAAACUUCAUUUUUUCAGGCGCUGGGGAUCUCAACUAAGAUCGUCAAGGGCCAAAUUGAAAUCCAAAAUGAAGUCCACCUGAUAAAAAAAGAUGAUAAAGUCACGGCGUCAGGCGCGACACUACUGCAGAAAUUAAAUAUUAAACCCUUUUCCUAUGGUCUAAAGGUGGAGAAGAUUUAUGACUCUGGCGCCAUCUCAGACGCCUCAGUGCUUGACGUCACCGAUGAGGAUAUUUUAUCAGUGGUUAAACUCGGCGUUAGCUACGCCAACGCCAUGGCCAGGGAGCUGGGAUAUCCCACCAGCCUAUCCGUAGACCACGCACUACUCGAAGGGUUCAAAAAUUGCAUAUCACUCGUACUGGACUCGGAGUUCACAUUCCCGCAAAUGUCCACACUGAAACAGUUUCUAGAAAAUCCAGACGCUUUCAGUGGUACCGCCAGUGGUACUGUUACGUCACAGGCCGUAGAAGAGAAGAAGGAGGAAAAGGAGGAAGAAGAAGAGGAAGAAGAUGAAGACAUGGGAUUCUCACUCUUUGAUUAAGUUACGGUGCUUGCUCAAAACUUCUCAGUUUUCUACACCUUUCACUCUGAUUACACAUUCUAAUAGUACUGAGUCUAGUAUACUAACAUCUAAUAGUACUGAGUCUGGUAUACUAACAUCUAAUAGUACUGAGUCUAGUAUACUAACAUCUAAUAGUACUGAGUCUAGUAUACUAACAUCUAAUAGUACUGAGUCUAGUAUACUAACAUCUAAUAGUACUGAGUCUAGUAUACUAACAUUCUGACGCUGUAACGGUAUGGUGAAUCAAUAAAUGUAUAGUAAAAGAGCGAUGAUGAAUGGUAUAGAAACAUUCGCAGUGUUUGCUUAAGGUGAUUUACCCUCUUGAUGAUUCCCACUUUCU